UUUAAAUAUGCGUAUGUUGUUGAUUGUUAUGAAGUAACUUAUUGCUGCAGAUUUUUUUUUUCUGAGAUCAAAUAAUGAUCUUUCACACUUCUUAUUUUUAGCCGAUAAUGAAAAGAAACUUUGGACGGAAAAAUUUCAUCUGUCGUUAUGGAUACUGAAAUUCAUGGCAAAGAAAAUGUGCAUGUCAUGCAAGUUCCAACAUCACCAAGCUUUUUAAAGCCGAAGCCAAUAAAACUGAGAAAGCGAACUAAACGGCCUGCUGCUUUGCCCCUAACAGAGUUAAAUGUGAAUUGUAAUGCAAGCAAGUUAGGAUAUUUGUCAAAAUCCCCAAUAACAAUAACCAAUCCAUUUCGAUGUAAAAGCAAACGGAAAAAGAUAGAAAAUGAUGAGGAUUCAAAUUCUCUUCUUUGGAAAAGAACUACCAAGUUACUAGGAGAAUCUGAUGAAGAGAUUAAAGUAUUGCCAUCGCCCAUCAUAGCAUCUGUACUGGAUGAAAAUGCUGUUUCAGCUUUUUCUGAAGUGCUUAAUCCAUCUCCUUUUGUAACGGAGAAAACAGUAAACAAACCAAAGGCAAAAGAAAUCCCUGUCGAUUGGAGUUUGAAAACAAAAAUAAGAUUUAUGUCACCUGUUCCUUUUCCAUGUCGUGGCAGUUUUAGGACAUUUGAAGAAGUUAAUGGAACUGUUGGUUUUGUUCGCUGUCUGCAUUCCAAUGAAGAUAUUAAGAAAUCAUCUGAUAUUCACUCUAGCUAUGGAUCAAAAUUUUUCCAGCAAUGUCUUGUAUGGAUGCACCCAUCUCUGCCAUGGAUGAAGCUUUUCCCUCGAACGGAUGACAAGCUCGCCAAACAAAAUAGUUCUGCCAUUGCUGUUGAUGUGAGUACUCAAGAAAUUUUGCACUCAGCAUGGUGUGAUAGUUUUCGAUCACUUUAUCAGUUGGUGAGAUUAUUCCAGUGCCCGUAUUUUUACAUGUGUGCUCCGACAUUCACUGUUCUUUUCAGAUGUGCUGGGGCUGCCUCUAUUCCUGUGAUUCAUGCAAUGAUCAGUCCCACCACCAAAGGCUUUAGAAAAGCAUUGAACGAUGAAGGUAUUGCAUUCACUAUGCCUCUUCGUCAAUCCAAGGAUUCAGAUUCUAUUGAUGAAUUAAUUGAAGACUCUCCGGAAAUUCUUGAAGCUGAAAAUGAUGAAAACAAGGAAACCAUGGAAGUGAAAAAUGAUGCAGAUGAUGAAACAACUUGGCUGGAAAGCCUUGGAUUAAGCCAAGAUGCUUUACUUGCUUCAAAUAACAGGAAACCAAAACUGGAAGAAUCCCGGAAAAUUGACCAUAAACCAGAGUCUUUGGUUUACAUAGAAGAUUCAGAAACACAAGCAUUGGUGAAUUUUCUUUUAAAUUCCCAGUUGUGUACUUCGAAAUUUGGUCCUAUGGCUGGAAUUCCUCCAACAUUGUUGGCUCCUACUGCUUUUCUUGGUGGAACCCUGCAGUCUCUAAAAAUACGUCACGGAAAAGUUAAGAUGGAGAAAAAAGAGUUGGAGUCUGUAGAAAUUAGUGGACCUCUGCUUCCUAAUGCUAUUCAUUCCUUGUGUUCAUUAUUUAAAGUUACACAAAAUGGUCAAUUUUCAUCGACAUUGACUUCUUUUACUCCCAGUGUUGCAUUUUCUAUGGUUAAUCCCCUAUCUCCUAUUUUACCUUGUAUAUUUGCUCAAAAUAAUGUUACCGAUUGCGGAUUUCCUUCAGAAUUUGUGAAAAAAAUGUGUUCUAAACCGGGAGAGUCUGUUAUUAGUUCUAUUGCAGUAGACGAUGGGCUUUUUACUUGGAAGUAAACCCAGAUAACGCAAUUUUGUGUGGUAAAUGAUACCUGACAAAAUAAUUGCUGAAUUGAAGCAAUAUUACUAUUCUUCAGUGAUGGAGCUCCAAUGAAAUCGAACAGUCACUGGAAAAGGACAAAUUCUUGAAAAUAAAUAAUCCAGAAAAUUUAUUUUUCAAGAAUGCCAGAAAUAUUUAGGUAAUUUAAAUAAUGUGAACCAAGAUACAAUCAUUAAAUCCAUAGA